AUGACAUUUGCUGAUUGCAGACGAAACUGGAGACGGUGCAGAUUUUUUAUGUGGCUUGCCAUUGUCAUGGUUGUUAUAUCGAUUCCCUUCUUCAUCGGCUUCGGAAUCCAGUUCAGCAACGGCAAGAAAGAAUGGGAAGAAAACGAGAAAGACAUCAUCCCCGGCGAUUUGUUUUUAUACGGCGCUUUGGUUUUUCUCAACUUUGGAUGGGUCUUUUUCGUCGUCUAUUACAGCAUGACGUUAACAGCGAAGGAAUAUGACGAUAGCCUUAUCGAAUCUUCUGCUCGUCGGCGCAAAUCCGUUUUACAAGUGAGGGCGUCAAUGGCGACCGGACCUUUGUUCCGUCGGCCAACGACGGUCAUGGAAAUGAGAAGUCUUCUGCCAACAGUGAUAGAAUCCCCCUAG